CAGAUACUUAUGAAUCCCCUUAAGAAAAAAGAAAAAAUUUGCAUAGUGAAAAUUGUCAGUUUAUAGUUAUAUACUUAUGAACUGAUUGAGAAAAAGGAAAAGAAAGCUACCUUCCUUUUGCUGUUUCAUUCAUUGCAAUGUUCAAAAUUUAAAAGUCAAUCCUUUUUGUUGUUGUUGUUCUUCUUCUAAAUUUUCUUCCUGUGUCAAGAUGUUGCCAAACUUUGAUCCCAACAACAAUGAAUCUGGUUUGAAGCUGCUUGAAGAUCUUACAACAAAUGCAAAGCAAAUUCAAGAACAAGUGAUUCGGAAGAUUCUUACACAAAAUUCCAACACAGAAUAUCUCAAAUCUUUCCUCCACAAUCAUCAUUAUUCCCAUUCUCUUGAUCUCCAAACUUUCAAACACUCUGUUCCUGUUGUCAACUAUGAAGACAUUAAGCCUUAUAUUGAAAGAAUUGCCAAUGGUGAACCUUCUCACAUCAUUUCAUCUCAACCCAUCACUGAGCUUCUCACAAGCUCAGGAACUUCUGGAGGACAGCCCAAGAUGAUGCCAUCAACAGCUGAAGAUUUGGACAGAAAGACAUUCUUUUACAAUCUCCUUGUACCUGUUUUAAACAAGUAUGUGGAUGGUUUAGAAGAAGGAAAAGGGAUGUAUCUUUUGUUUAUAAAGCCAGAAAUGAGUACCCCAUCUGGGUUAAUGGCAAGGCCAGUUUUGACAAGUUAUUACAAAAGCAAAAACUUCAGAAAUAGGCCUUUUAAUAAGUACAAUGUGUACACCAGUCCUGAUGAGACAAUCCUUUGUUCUGACAGUAAACAAAGUAUGUACUGUCAAUUGCUUUGUGGGUUAGUACAAAGAGAUGAAGUUUUAAGAGUUGGUGCAGUUUUUGCUUCUGCUUUUUUAAGAGCUAUCAAAUUCUUAGAAGAUUAUUGGAAAGAAUUGAGUGAUAACAUAAGAAAAGGGGAAUUGAGUCAAUGGAUUAGUGACCCAAAUUGUAGAGCUUCUGUUUCUUUAAUCCUUACAAAAUCAAAUCCUGUUUUGGCUGAUUUGAUUGAUGGGUUAUGUGGUGAGAAAUCAUGGGAAGGUAUAAUUAAGAAACUUUGGCCUAAAACUAAAUAUAUUGAAGUCAUUGUAACUGGGUCAAUGGCUCAAUAUAUUCCUACUCUUGAGUUUUAUAGUGGUGGGCUUCCUCUAAUUUCCACUAUGUAUGCUUCUUCUGAGUGUUAUUUUGGGAUUAAUUUUAAUCCUUUGAGUAAACCUAGUGAUGUUUCUUAUACACUCCUUCCAAAUAUGGCCUUUUUUGAAUUCUUACCUGUGGAGAAAAAUGAUGGAGAAUUAACCCAUUGCAAUGGAACAACAAACACCUCUGUUCAAGAUGAAUUCAAAACAGUUGAUCUUGUUGAUGUAAAACUUGGUCAAUAUUAUGAAUUGGUGGUCACUACUUUCACAGGUUUAUACAGAUAUAGAGUUGGUGAUAUACUAAAAGUAACUGGCUUCCACAACAAAGCACCGCAAUUCAAGUUUAUUCAUAGAAGGAAUGUGGUAUUAAGUAUUGAUACAGACAAAACAAAUGAAGAUGAUUUGUUGAAUGCAAUAACAAAGGCAAAAUUAUUAGUUGAACCACUUGGGGUUUUGUUAACAGAGUAUACAAGUUAUGCAGAUACAGAAUCAAUUCCAGGGCAUUAUGUUUUGUUUUGGGAGAUGAAGAGAAGAUCAGGAAGUAAUUAUGAGAAUUUUGAAGAACUUGUUGAAGUGGAUUUAAUGGAAGAAUGUUGUUCAAGUAUUGAAGAAUCAUUGGAUUCAGUUUAUAGAAGGUGUAGAAGCAAAGAUAAAUCAAUUGGGCCAUUGGAGAUUAGAGUGGUGAAACACGGAGCUUUUGAUGCUCUAAUGGAUUUUUGUGUUUCACAAGGCUCUUCUGUUAAUCAAUACAAGACACCAAGAUGCAUUAAAUCUGAAGAAGCUAUAAAGAUUCUGGAUUCUAGAGUUGUGGCAAGAUAUUUCAGCAAGAAAACACCAUUUUGGGAGCCUUUUAGAGGUCAAUAUUCUCAUUGACAAUCAAUCUUUGUUAGUGUGUUUUAUGUCUUUUUUUUUUUUUUUUCCUUUUUGCUUCUGACUCAUUUUUCUGGGAAACAGUUCUAGAGAUGGAUGGAUUCAAUCUUUUUCUUCUUCUUCUUCUUCUUCUUCUACUUCUUCCCAGAUUUGAAUUGAUUGUGUAAAAGAGCCAGAGUUUGUUAUGCUGUUUUUUCUUUUAUAGAAACUUUGUGUUUAUUUGUUC